UUCUCAUUCUCUGAACUUCUUUCCUUUAAUAAACGAACAAACUCUCUCACACAAACGCAUACCAGUUACAAGGUUCAUGGUGAUGUUUCAAGAAAUGUCACCGAGGGAUGACAAAAGUGAGAGCAUAAAGGGACAAGAACACAACAAAGGAGUGAAGCACUUGUGUGAAAUGGGAAUCACAAAAGUUCCCAAAAAGUAUAUCCUCCCUACUCUUGAACGUCCCGACAACUCUAUAACUACUGAACUCCAUGACGUCACAAAUCUGCAGCUACCCGUCAUUGAUUUCGCGGAGUUGCAUGGCGCAAACCAUGAGCAAGUCAUUACAUCAUUGGCUCAUGCUUGCCAGAAUUACGGGUUCUUCCAGGUUAUAAACCAUGGGAUUUCAAGUAAUGUUAUAGAUGAGAUGAUAGAUGUGGGUAGAAGAUUCUUUGAGCUCCCAUUGAAGGAGAGAGAGAAGUAUAUGUCUACAGACGUUCAUUCUCUUGUUCGAUAUGGAACCAGUUUCAACCAGAUGAAAGAUGGCGUUUUAUGUUGGAGAGACUUUUUGAAAUUGGUUUGCACUACUGAGGCUCAUUCUCAGUGGCCUUCUUCUCCUUUGGAUUUUAGGGAAAUGGGAGUAGAGUACGCAAGAGAGACAAAAAUGUUGUUCCAAUCGCUGAUGGAAGCCAUCUUAGAAAGCCUUGGAUUGGAAGAAAAAAACACACACAACAAAACACCAAAAACCCAUCAAGAAUCCGGCAAUAACAAACACAGCAGCAAAAGGGAAGAGAAUUACGAUAAUAUAAUAAAAGACAUUGGAGAUGGAAGCCAGCUAAUGGUGGUGAAUUGCUAUCCACCAUGCCCUGAGCCUGAGCUUACGUUUGGAAUGCCACCACACUCCGAUUAUGGAUUCCUCACCCUUCUCCUCCAAGACGAGGUUGAAGGCCUUCAGAUACUUCAUAAAGAUCAUUGGGUCACCAUUAAACCUCGUCCUCAAUCUUUUGUUGUGAACAUCGGUGAUCACCUUGAGAUACUUAGCAAUGGAAGAUACAAGAGUGUGAUGCAUAGGGUACUAGCGAAUUCCAAGAAAUCAAGAAUAUCAGUGGCAUCUUUGCAUAGUUUAGCAUUCACGGCAGUUAUCAGACCAUGGCCAAUGCUAAUCAAUGAUGAAAAUCCAAAGCGAUACAAGGAUACUGAUUUUGCAGAUUUUGUUCAAUACAUUACGACUUGUGAUUCUAAACAUAAAAAUUUUCUAGAGUCUAGGAAAUUAACUCACAUUUAUACCUAAUGAAAGUCUCAACAAAAAUUAAUUAGUGAAAUAUUCACUAUAUCGAAAACAGUUAUGAAGUUAUGAAGUUAUUGCGUGUUUGUAAAACCUUAGGAAGCUAGAUGAGAGUCUGUCAAGUUUUGUGGACUAGGUAGGGUAAAAGUUCUUAGGAACACCUGUACAUUGUUAAAGAAAACUACUGAAGGUUCGUAAAUGGACAGAUGGAAACAUUCACAUAUUGUGUCAAGUCAUAAUUUGAAGAAUAUGUGUUAAAAGUUGUGUUUUUUUAUCCUAUCUUGCUUGUAGAAAAGAAGGAUCAUGCAUGGUUUACGUGUUAAAACUGCAGAUAAAUCAUUUUCAUGUAUAUAUGUAACGAUCCCUAGGUUUAAUCUAUCAUGCCCAAGAUAAUUAAAUCAUGCCCCCGUAAUGUUAAGAUAUAUAAAAAAUAGUUUUGAG